GUAUCAAAACAGUAUACAGCUUAUAAGCAGAUGAUAAGACGUUUUUCAGAAAGUAAUAUUGUUUGUGGUGCAUACAAAAACAUAAACGCUUCGGGUAACUGGUUACUCUCACUGAAUUGUGUGAAAAUACAUGUUUUUUGUCUGAGUCAAGACAAAUUCUCAGCGUUGAAUAAUGACCGAGUCCCACGAUAUUUACGUGCAAAUUUUGCCAAUCAUUAAAUCGCAGUCUUCGAAUAAAAUCGUUUUGUGUAAAUGGAUCCAAGGAGACUACAAGGACCGAUACACCGGAUUGAUUAGACCUGUCGCUUCUCAGGCGUCUCCGAACGAUUCAAAUUUCCGUGAGAAACUUGAAGCAGUCGCAACAUCUCUCCUACCCCAACAUCUGACACCGCAUAAACAGGGCAUUGAGCUAACGGCAAUUUUACGUUUCACCGAUCCACCAGCAUACACUGAGUAUGUUUACAUCGUUUACUUGAAUGAGGAUGCAGUAGCAAUAACAGAUGUUUUGUUUGAUGACAAUCCGUGUGAAUGGUUUCGUUGGGAGGAUAUUCCGUUCGAGCAGAUGCCAGAAGAUGAUGGUUUAUGGUAUCCAAAGGUACUGCAGGAGGGGCUCAAAGUAACUGGUUCGUUUACGUUUGGUUCAUGGAGUGAGAAAACACUGAAAGCACAUCAUAUUGAUGCCGUGACGCAAUUGUAACGCAUUUUUAUUUUGAGAAAUAAAAGUUUAUUCGUUUGUUCGCUUAAGGAAGACAGGGACAGUCA